AUGGUUGGAGUACCGUUCUGUCGAUGUCGAGUGCUGUACAUUGGGAGUGCAGUACCAACGAUCACAAAAGAUGGUUUACAAGGUAUUCAGCAACCGUUGAGGGAGCGUUAUCCCAUCGAAGAAACCGCAGAUACCAAGGGAAUUGAUUCUUGGUUAUCAGUGUGGUCGAAUGGUAUUUUAUUGGAGUAUAUCGAUGGUGAUAAGAAGACUGAAACAGCGUUUCAUCCGAUUAAUUCACUGCAUUAUUGUGCAGCCGUGCGAUAUGUGAACGUUUCGGGUUAUGCGGUUGAAGGUGGCGGUGAACGCUUUCUACCGCUUGAUUCACCGUUUGCGAACAACGACGAUACCAGACAUCCACCAAUUUUUGCAGCAAUUUUCAGACGAACCACUGGUGUUAAGGUACUUGAAUGUCAUGCAUUCAUCUGUACAAAUACGAAGGCAGCCAAUGCCCUGGUCAGGUGUUGUUUUCAUGCGUAUGCUGAAUCGAUGUAUGUGAAGCUCGAAGAACGCAUUCCUGGACUCAAAGCUAUCAAAGAGGCUAGUCGUAGUGAAAGUCCACACAGUAUGUACGGUGGUUUUCCACCGCCCUUCAGAGGUGGCCCAUUCCCGCCUCCACCGCCUCAUAUGUUGCCCCCACAUCCAAUGAUGCGACCGCCGUUCUUUGCUGGGCCUCAUCCACCCCCUCCGAUGCCACCGCCUAUGCAUAUGAUGCCUUUAGGUAUGCCUCCUCCACCGAGAUUUCCGCCCGGGAUGUUACCACCACCGGGUGUCGGCAUGAUGCAUCCACGUUUCGGACAUCCACCAUUCGGGCAUGCUUUCCCACCCGCUAUGGGACGACCGCGAACACCGACCGACGGUCCGAUAAUCACCGGACCGGAGUCAGUCUAUGGCACUCUACCGCGGAGACCGGCCGCAUUCGAAGAACCCAUCUAUAUGCCUGGUAAUACGAUGAGUAUGCCACCACAAGCCAGCUACCAACCGUCCAGUUAUCCGACUGACCAUUACGAUGCUUAUUACGAUACGUUCAAAACGCAACGCUCUCCGCAGCAAGCCACCAAAGAUAAGGUUCGUACUUAG